AUGAUGCAACUUGAUGGGUGGACGAUUCCGGAAGUGUGCGAACAACGAAUGCUAGAAUGGGCGAGAGCCUAUCGCCAGGCGGUGGAAAAAGUCGAGGCAUUUGGAUCACCCGUCUUUCGAGAGGAGCCCAAAGAGCAACUACAUUACACGGGAGAAGAAGAUGAGGUCGAAAGAAGAAAACCGAUCUUCAAGCCGCCGCUCCAUAAACAACGAAUUCAAUUCGCCAUCAGACAAAUACAGACAUUCGUCAAAGAAAAGGGACCAUUCAAAAAGCUUGUCGUGAUUGGAUGUGGUGAUCUCGUCUUUGAACGAAAUUGCAUGGACAAAUUCCACCUUUGGGGUGUCGACUCGGUGGUUUCGUACGACAUCAAUCGAGCAAACCUUUUCCGAAAUCAAGCAUGCUUCAACAGAGAAAUCGGCACGGAAAAACACGGCAAGUACGACGGAGUGCCUUGUGUAAUGGAUGUUUGGAAAGGAGACGGCACUCAAUACCACAGCUGUCUUGAAGGUGCCGAUGUUGUUGUUUGCAUCGAAAUAACUCAUUUGAUUUUUAGCAUUGAACACAUGCCGGUGAAGUCGGCUGAAGAAUUGAUGCGAGUGAUGCUGGAUCUCAUUCAACCGAAGCUUGCUGUUGUGUCAACACCAAACUAUGAUUACAAUAAGUACAUUCCUGAUAUGAAGACGCAAUUCCGCGAUCCAGAUCAUGAUUACGAGUUCACGAAAAAGGAGUUUGAAGAAUGGCUUCAAAAAGUCAACCGUCCUCAACAUUACACGUAUGAAAUCGACUUCGUCGGAUUUCUGGACAGACAACCCUUUGACUAUUACGAUGAUGAUGACGAUCCAUACGAACUAUCCGGAAAGCCAAUCAACGAGCCAAUUGCUGAGCCCGCGCGCUUUUCUCGGGGAGAUGAUGUCAAAGAUGAGAGCUAUAUCGAUAAUCACAGCGUGCUUGUUGCUGGAAACGAUAACGGUGGUGCCACCCAAAUCGCUAUUUUCAAGAGGUUGCCAACUUCUGAACCAUUGACUGUAACCGAUCGCUCCCAUCACUCUUUCGAACGAGCAUAUUCGCUUGUGAUUCCCUAUGGCUUCCAUACAGUGCUUCGUGCUCACGUCCAACAGGCCAUGAUUGCCUACUUGAAGACCGAUCGACUUUUAUCUUGCGCAACUAGGGAGCUCAACUACAUCUAUUACUUGGUCCCCUUCAAAGACGUCAUGGAGUACGCUUCGAAUGAGGAGUAUCGAUUUGUGAUGGAAAGAUUUCAGGACCAUUCUUGUUCUAUCAUCCACCGAGCGAGCCAUCAAUUCAUUCACACCACGACUGAACCGAUGCUGCCAGGAUCUCCCCACCACCAAAAAGGCUUCCGCAUUCCAAAUAACAUACCGGUCAAGGAGCUUCUCGACUAUUUGGAGGAUUUCGAUUGG